AUGCUUAACAAUGGAAAAGCCGGCAUAUGCUGGGAGUUUGAGCGAACCGGCACAUGCAAGUACGGCAAAAGAUGCCAUUACGAGCACCCCACUACUUCUGCACAGAGGAGAGUAGAGCCACCGCCCGAAAUUCUCGGCUUCUUCAACAACAAUGGCCUUGGAACCCCAAGCCCGAGUGUGGAUGGCAAACUGCGAGAAUGGAAGAGGCUGCUCGGCCGUCAAGCACCCGUCUCGCGUCCACCUCCAGCCACUGUUGCUCGAUUCUUUCAACUUGCCCUGGAACUCAUGGACGGCGACGUGAGCUCAUAUCAAGAAGUUAUUAAAAAUCUUGCAACGGAACAAGGCCUUUGUUUCGUAAAAGACGUCGUCGAACGACAUCUUGAUGUAGCUGUUCGGACUGGUCCCAGUAUUACAUUUUGGAACACGGAACUGAAGCCAUUAUUUCAGCUGAUCACCAAUCACCGUGUGAUAGAUUCUUCGAUUCUUGAAUCAGAGGUUGCAAUGAUAUUUAACUUCAUCCUUGGAGUUGGUGGCUCCCGAAUGAGUCGACUCUUUGGAUAUCUCGCACAACUUGCGACUGAGUGGCCCGAUAAAACGGCAGCAAAGCUGAAACUACCAGCCGUCGAGCUGUCGCUAGCCGUACUAUCCAAGUUGAUGGACUGCAAUACUACAAACAUUGUGAAUCAGAAUUUCACUACACUCAUCGAUCAGUUUGCCCAAAUUGUGGCCGCAGAGGGCGAUGAGCAAGAGACUUUUGCAUCUCUCCAGUCUUUGAAGUACAUUGACUACAUUCGGCGACGACUGCAAACUGGUGAUGACAUCCCAACUCUUUCCGCCUUAACAAAGGGUGCAAUCGCGCGAGAAGAGUUCGUUCUCCGCCGAGAUUUACCGGGCACAUUGUCAGCCGAAGGACCGAGACACGACAAUGACUUCGCGGACAUGUCAAAGAUCAGCAUUUUUCCAACCUGUGAAGAAAUCAUGUCACCGCGUGCAGAAUACCUCCCAACCAAUGAUAGUUCACAGUGGCACAUUGGUGGUAUCCGGGGUCGACUUGACAGAGAGUUUCGCCUCCUACGGGAGGAUACUAUCGGUCAACUUCGAGACACUGUGCGAGAUGUACUGGAUAAUAUAAAGAAACCACAAGAGAUGAGUGCAAUAACUAAGAAUAAUCUCAGGACAUACAUGUAUGAAGACCCUGUCCCAAUCAGGAUCGACAUUAGCCGGAAUGCUGGUUUAGAGGUUCAAGUCCGUUGUCAGCAAUUGCCAGCUACAGCAAAGCUUGGGAAGAAAGAUCGAGAAGAGUGGUGGCACCACAGCCGCAGGCUUCGAGCGGGUGCGCUUGUCUGCAUCAUUGAUGUCUCUGGAUCAGUUCAAUUCUUCGUUGUUUCUCAGUCAACGUUAAGAAGCCGAACCGACCCCAACUUUCGGUCAAGAAAGGAUAAGGUCGUAAGUACCGGCGAGCAAGGUCAACAAGCAGCUAAUACGCUCUCGGACGAUCCAAAUUCUCUAUUUGUUACCUUGCAGCUCGUUAAUCAUGACGAAGAAGAUGUGGAAAAUGUACUACGGUGGUACCGUGCAGUCGGCCCCGAUCUGCAGCGCUACCUGGUCGAGUUCCCCGGAGUUCUCCUUGAUUCAUUUAGGCAUACACUUGCAGCGCUACAACAAAUGUAUAAAAAGCAAGAUAUGCCGUUUAGUAAUAUCUUGGCUCCUACCUCUCAGGGUGAGCAGGUAGUGUUGAAGCCUCCCUUGUAUGCUAGGAAGCCAAUGUUCACCUUUGAUCUUAGCUGUCUCGAGCAAGGUUUUGAGGUGUACCCUGAGGAUUUACCAAGCUCGAAUGAAUUAGCUUGGAUUUCGACCCUUGAUGCAACACAGUCGUCCGCAGUUUUAAACACCUUGGCGCGAGAAGUUUCAUUAAUCCAGGGCCCCCCAGGAACUGGCAAGAGUUACACGGGAGAGAAGAUUAUUCAAAUUUUGUUGGCAAAUAAAGAAGAAGCGGAACUAGGUCCAAUUCUCUGUGUGUGCUACACAAAUCAUGCUUUGGACCAACUUCUUGAGCAUCUUUUAGAUGCCGGAGUGGAAGGAAUCAUCCGCAUUGGAUCGCGAUCGAAAUCCGAGCGAAUGACCGACCUUACUUUGCAACGAAUUGUGAAGCGAUUCGAAAAGACGAAAGCGGAAAAAGGGAAAAUUGGAAAAGCUGAAUCAUUCUUGCACAGGACUGUGCAGCAGUUUGGUGAAGCACUGCAAGAACUGGCGCACUCCCAGUCUUGGAGUGCUAUCAAGACGCUUCUUUUGGAAGAGUAUCCCCAUCAAUACCACAGCAUAUUCCCAGAGGCAGAAGAAGAUGGAUGGACCACUGUUAUGCACCAGAAACCAGAAGAUAUGUUGAAUCAGUGGCUGCAGGGAGGACAUCACAUCGCAGGUCCACUUCGGCCACUGUCAGCACUUGUACAGUCCAACUUGUUGGAAAUGAGCAACCUGGAAAGAUGUAACUUGUUUGAGUACUGGCUAAAGAGUAUUCGAGACCCCAUUAUCUCAUCGAUUACAGAGCUCAACGUUGAAUAUUCUGAAUACCUUGAGGAGCGAAGAAAGGUACAAGGAGAUCUGGACCUCCGUUGCCUCCAGCAGGCAGACAUCAUUGGUGUAACGACGACAGGUCUCGCCAAAAAUACCAAAUUACUCCGUCGCUUAAGAAGCAAAGUAAUGGUGUGCGAAGAGGCAGGAGAAGUGCUAGAAGCCCACAUCUUGACUGCUCUUCUUCCCUCCCUGGAGCAUGCAAUAUUGAUUGGCGAUCAUUUGCAACUUCGGCCCCAGAUCAACAGCUUUGACCUGCAAAGCUCUAAUCCAAGCGGCGUCCAGUACUCUUUGGAUAUGUCACUAUUUGAGAGAUUGGUGAUACCACCACAUCCGAUAGACCCGCGUCUUCCUUACAGUUCUUUGGAGACACAACGACGGAUGCAUCCAUCCGUGUCGGCGCUCGUUAGAUCGACACUGUAUCCAGAUCUCAAAGACUCCGAAACAGUGCAACAUUAUCCUGAAAUUUACGGAAUGAAAAAGAGGUUAUUCUGGUUACAUCAUGAUAAACUUGAGACUGGAGCAAAUGUCCAUGAUCCGCUGAGCACAUCUCAUUCAAACGACUUUGAAGUUGAGAUGACCACAGCACUUGUAUCGCACUUGGUACGACAGGGUGAGUAUGAGAAAGGCCAGAUCGCGGUGUUGACUCCAUAUCUUGGCCAACUUCAUAAACUCCGCCGCCGUAUGGCAUCGAUCCUCGAAAUUUUCCUCAACGAAAGAGACCAAGAUGAACUGGCAGCCAUGGACGACAACACAACUUUACCAAUUCAAUCAAAUGCGCCCAAUAACAGCAAGAGAACCCUUCUAAAAACCAUAAGAAUCGCCACAGUUGACAAUUUCCAAGGCGAGGAAGCGGAAGUCGUUAUAAUUUCGCUGGUUCGAAGCAAUACACAGAAUAGAUGCGGGUUUCUCAGCACAGCAAACAGAGUAAACGUACUUCUAUCUCGCGCGAAACAUGGGAUGUACAUUAUCGGCAACUCAAACACAUACAAGCAUGUACCAAUGUGGCAUAAUGUGAUUGAAAUGCUGGAUAAGAGAGGCAACAUUGGCACGAGCCUUCAGCUUCAAUUCCUUGUGGACAGAAAUGUGGCCGAAGCUACUCAACAUGUCGACACAGUUGCAAUCUCCCCUGCCACGAGGGUAGCGAAUGCCCACCUUGUGAUAAGCCCUGUGAGGUUAUGUGCAGCCAUUCGGAAUGCAGCAGACUUUGCCAUGAACCAUGCGUGCCUUGUGCAGAAGAGCAGUGUCAGUCCUGCUGCCCACACGCCAAGUGUUCUAUGCCAUGUGCUGUACCCUGCGAUUGGGUUCCUUGCUCAAGGCGCUGUGAGAAGCUGCUCGAGUGCGGACAUCAAUGUAAGUUUCACAGCUGUUGCGGCGGUGAUGCGGAUUUCUCAUGUUGCGAUAUGCCAUACUGAUGCGUUGUUUGGAUCAGGUCCAUCUAUUUGUGGCGAAGAAUGCCCUGAUAGUAGAUUUUGUCAAUCGUGCGCAUCCGAGGAUAUUAAGUCCGUGUGCGUUGACUUUUUAGAAUUGAAGGAGUACCGGGAGGUUGACCUCGAUCAGCAACCGUGUGUUUUCCCGGAUUGUGGGCACUUCCUUACAAUAACCUCCAUGGAUCGUCAACUGGACAUGGCCUCGCAUUACGAUAUGGACUUGUAUGACAAGCCGGCGAAUAUUAACAAGCAGUCAGAGCCAUUCUCAAUGGAUGGAACUGUCGCCACCGUAUGUGCCACAUGCAGAGGAUCGCUUCGAAACAUUGCUAGGUACGGGCGUAUUGUGCGUCGUGCAAUUCUUGACGAGGCAACCAAGAAAUUUAUCUCUUGGUCAAACAUGGAAUAUAGGUCGCUUUCCGCAAAGUUCCUCAAAGCCCAGGAAGCCCUCGGCCAGGCGGCUAACCUAGGUCAAGCAACAACAGUCGCCAAGUCUCAACGAUCCAAGCACUCAGCAUCGAGAUUUCAGUACCUCGAUUAUGUCGAGAAGGCGGACAUAAGUAGGCGAUACGGAGACUUGAUUACAACAUGGCGCGAGAUCUUCCGUUUUACAUGUGCAGUGAGAGUUGAAGCACAGCCUUUCCAACGAGUUGCGGAUCACGUUCGUCACGCCAAUCGCCGGCAAGGGACAACCAAGAAGUUCAAGUUUGAUGAAGCCGUCAUCCAAAUGAAAGGUUUCCUUUUGGCGCGCACUUUACUCCUGAAGUGUGAGUUGGGGAUUUUGUGCGACUUCUUCGUCAAAUGUCAAGGCAGAGCCAUAUGCUCUCCAGACUUUUGUCUGAACCUUGAGCAGCAAUUCAAAGAAUGCGAAGAAGUAAUACAGCUUGGGCAAAAGUCAGUGCACCCGAAAGAAGAAGUACAGGCUCUGAUUUUCAAAGCUCAACUUUACGCCAUUGCGGGAAGCGUGUCUGCUGGCUCGGUACCGCCGGCUUUAGGAAAUGAAAGCUUCUUAAACAAAGAUGCGGUGAAAGAACGCGGAAUGACCUUUCUCAGGCAGGCUAAAGAGCUUCUUCAGCUCUACCCAUCCACUGUCAUAUUUGAAGACGAAAUUAACGCAGCAGAGCUGUCGCUGGAUGGGUUGUACCAGGAACUUACGAGCAGUGAGAUACGUACUGUGAUCGAAGCCAUGGUUGGAGUUGUUGGUGGAGCAGGUAACUGGUAUACGUGCAGAAACGGCCAUCCGUUCAACAUCGGAGGGUGCGGUAGACCGAUGGAAGUGGCGCGAUGUCCGGAGUGUAACGAAAGCGUGGGCGGUUGGGACCAUGAGAUGGUUGAUGGUGUGGAAGAUGCUCCUGGCUUAGAUCGACUCGUCCGCGAAGUUGGCAAGAUGGGAGUAUAG